AUGAAACUAAACAAAAUUAUCUUCCCAGCUCCUAAGGCCUCAUAUGAUCAAAAUUCCUUACUUGGAGAAAUCAUCUAUAUUCCAAGAAAUUCAUUGCUAUCAGACUUAUAAUAGGAGUAUGAUGUAGUCAAUGGGAAGACAACUGCUAGUUUUACGAGCGUGCUCUCCGCCAGCUAAAACUCAUUAUCUACAAUGAGUACCAGAACUCAUCAUAUACCUUGUCUUUUUAUGCCUUAUCAAUCAGGCUCCUCUAAGUUGUUAAUGUACUAUCAUGGGAAUGCAGAAGAUAUUGGCCUAUCCUAUGAGAUGCUCGAUCAUCUCAAGCAGAGUUUAAAGAUUAAUAUACUUGCAGUCGAGUAUCCAGGUUAUGGCAUCUAUAGAGAGCCAGGAGGAUGUAACUCAGAAAAAAUAACAGAAGACUGUGACUACGUCUACUAAUAUGUUUUGCAAGAAACUGGAUUAAGAGAAAAAGACAUUUUAAUAUUUGGUAGAAGUAUGGGGAGUGGGCCAGCUACUUACCUCUGUGCACAUCAUAAUCCAGGUGCAUUAAUUCUCAUGUCUCCCUAUACCUCAAUUAAGAACAUAGUAAAAAAUAAAGUUGGAUUCUUAAGUAUAUUGGUAGCCGAACAUUUCGACAAUCUUAAACUUAUGCCCAAAGUCAAGUGUCCAACUUUCAUCGUUCAUGGAUAAAAAGACACACUGAUACCAUUUGAACAUGCUUAGUAACUAAACGAAAAAUGCUCUGGCUAGACUUUUAUGGUAUUACCCACAGAAAUGACCCACAAUGAUUUUGACUUCUAUCAAGAUCUAAUCAAGCCUAUCUUCUAGUUUCUACUGCAAAUAAAGAUGAAUACAGGACCGAAUAAAAGAACUUCUAAAGUCAUUUUUAACGAAAAUUUAUACAUUCCCCCUGAUGAGUCAAAUCCGAUUCAAAAUAAAAUAAUUUAAAGUGCUGGAGCAACUAGGAGUAAAAGCUAAAAUCCCCACGCAAGAUCUACAGCUCUUAUUAAAUAAGUAACUUAUAACAUUGAAGAUGUAAGAUAGUAGAUGAUUGAAUCACCGACUCCGACUAAAAUUCCUUCACAAAAUGGUUCAGCAAAGAAAAAAGUUAUUGUAGUAGACGAUUGA